AGUAACUGUGAACCGUGACUGAGAGCUGUAUUGACUUAAUAGAGAUACUCCCCUUAAAGAGACAUUAUCCACACUGGGCAAAGUCUAUUUAAGUCGACCGGGGUUAUUGAAACCAGCUCAUAAGGAAGACUCCAGCUGAUUUGACCAUGAAGCUGUUAGUAUUUGCGCUCGCCGUUGCCGUGCUGUUUACAGUGGGAGAGGGUCUGGACUGUCACAGGUGUGUGCCCAGACGUGCAGGGGAGGAUUGCGAGCUCACCGUGGAGACGUGUAAACCAGGGAAGGACGGCUGUGCGGCUGCGAGGUUCACCAGAGCUCCAUUUGGUCAGUACCAGAAAUGCAUGGCUCUGAAAGACUGUGAAAUGCUCAAGCUGAACGCCUACAUCGAUAUUAAAUGCUGUGGCGACGAUUUGUGCAACACCUUUUAGAAGCCCAUUCUAAAAAGAGUUCCACUAAAAGCAGCUUUGGAGGUGACCCAGCAGACAGGUGCGAGCGGAGCCGGGUCCAACGCUUCUCUGCAUACACAAUGUCCAGACCGCAAUGAGAAAUAAAGACGAGAAAAUGCA